AUGUCACUGCUGUCGCUGAGUGAUCUCGACAAUAAUGUUAUUCUGAGUCUAAGGUUCAAACACAUUGAAAACCCCCAUUACUAUCUAGAUGAAAAUUUACAUGAAAACAAGAUUGAAGAACUGGCAACCAAUGUUUCAGAAGUUAACCCUACUCCCCAAAAACAUACAAAGUUCUUUGAAAGGAUAAAGCUGAUUUGGAGUACAAACGGGAGAAGAUACGUUAUUGCAGUUGCUGUGGUGUUGGCAGUUCUUGUGAUUGCACUCAUUUUUGUCAUUACUUCAACAAGGUUGAUAAAUGACCCUGUCAAAGAUGGAAUUAAAGUUGAGAAAUUGACAAACAUCAAGUACCUGCAGCUAAAGGCUAUUCGAACAAGCUUAGUGGACCCUGAUACCCCAGUUGCACAACACAACAAGUUACCCAAUUGGAAAUUGGUAUUUUCAGAUGAGUUCAAUAAAGAAAAUCGAACAUUUGGCGCGUUCGAAGACCAAUUCUUUACUGCUGUUGAUUUACAUUAUCGUGCAACUCAAGAUUUAGAAUAUUAUUUACCUCAUAUGGCGACCACCAAGAAUGGCAGCUUACAAAUCACAUUUGACAAGUUUAAUCAUUCCAAUUUUCAGUACAUAUCGGCAAUGGUGCAAAGCUGGAACAAGUUGUGUUUCAAUAAACAAGCAAGAGUCGAAGUUUGUGCAAAAUUGCCCCAUGAUGUUGAGUAUGGAUUAUGGCCUGCUGUUUGGUCUUUGGGGAACUUGGCUCGGCCGGGAUAUUUGGCAACCACGGAUGGACUAUGGCCAUAUACUUAUAAUGAAUGUGAUUCAGGUAUAACUCGAAAUCAAUCAACUUUGAAUGAAAAUAUGUCGUAUUUGCCAGGCCAACGAUUGAGUAUGUGUACUUGUGUUGGUGAAGAUCAUCCAAAUCUUGGCGUUGGUCGUGGUGCCCCUGAAAUUGAUAUCAUUGAAGGUUUGUAUGAGCAUGGACAUGUAGUGGGAGUGCAAACAGUGCAAGUUGCCCCCUUUGACGAAUGGUGGCGACCCGAUUACGAUUACGUUGAUAUCAGUAAUAAAAAUCUAACCUACAUCAGAGAAGAUGUGGGCACGGUAUAUCAAGAAUCAAUUUCAUUAGCUACACCGUUGAAGAAGGAUGAAUUUGUUAAAUUCACCAUGGAGUACAAGAGUUUGCCACUGGGACAAAGUUAUGCUCAAUUUGAAAUGAACGGUUCUCCCAUGUUUGUAAUAAACGAGUCUGCUUUGAGAGCCAAUGAGCUAAUUGGAUCAAGACAAAUCACUAGGGAGCCAAUGUCCAUUAUUUUUAAUAUGGGAUUAUCGAAAAUCUGGAAUCCAAAAUUGCAAGCGGAUAGAUUAAACUUGCCAGCCAAGUUUUACAUUGACUACAUUAGGAUUUACCAACCACUGGAUGCUAUUGACAUGACUUGUGAUCCUGAUGAUUUCCCAACAAGCUCUUAUAUCGAUUCUCAUGAAAAUGCGUAUUUGAAUUGGGAAUUGAGUACUUGGAAUGAUGCUGGUUAUGAGUUUCCGAGAAACUCUCUUGAAAAUAAGUGCAAGCCACCGUCGAUCUUUAAGCCAGGUUGA